UGCAAGGCAGCCUAUAUUACAUGAUAUAAGCCAUAGUCUGUACGGGGUAUAACGCUCCAUUUACGAGAUUUAUCCAGUUUUAUAAAUUAAAGAUUGCAAUCACUCGACCAGUUGCAGAACAUACAUGAACCUUUCCCAAACCACUAUAUGGCAAUGGAACACAAUGGUAGUGCUUUAGUGCAGUUUUAAACGUGCCUGCAUUUCCUUGGUCCAUGGGGGUCAAAGUCAUUCUUUAUGCAACGUGACUUUGCACCUUUCCGGCAUCCCUAACUUCGACCGAGAUUUUCAAGUACAAGUUCAUACGCCAAUACAGAGAGGUACCGUUGUUUGCGGAAGGAGCUUUAGCCGGAAUUAUUUUUCUUUGGAUUCCUGGAUUAAUGUAAUGUAAUGUCAGAAAAUAUGAGAAAAGGAAUACCGACUAAAACGCCAUCCGCAAACAACGGUACCUCUCUGUACGUUGAUCCAAGGGACCAUUGUUUGGCACUGAAGCUUUCUGCCCUUCCUUCUCACCCUCACAUGAAAAUCAAACUUCCAACAUAAAAAUAAAUAAACAAAGCCUUGUUGCCACUGUCAAUAAUGGGGUAGCUUUUCCUAGGAAUUAUGGCCAACUUGGAUCCUACUACUACUAGCACCGCUCAACGGCCGUCCGCAGUUUUUGUCCACUCAAAACCAUACAAGAAAAAACGUAUUUUUCUCGUGAUUAAGAUUCGUGAAUGUGGGUGGGCGUAACGAACCUUUUUGCUAGAUUGCCGAAAGCAUUUGGAAGGAUGUUGUGAAUUUUAAAUCAAACACCGGACUGAGAUAUACUUCCGUUCAUUUAACCGUACCACCGGGAAAGACAACAUGUUCUUUUGCAAAGAUAAUUUGGCUAAGUUUUCGUGGGAGUAACCAACAGCGGAUGAUUGAUCUCUUGACAGGGUUGAAAAAGUUUUCCUCAUUACCGAAGCUAAUGUAAACCAUCCGUCAACUCGGUCUAGCAACUAAUUACAUUUAUUCUGUUUGACUUACCUUUCGCAGAAUGAUAACUCACUGCAGCUUCCUGCUGUUAGUCGUGGGACUGAUGGCAUUCGCAAGUCCGGCACUGGCUCGCCAGGAUAGCUACCUUCCGAAGGAUGACAUUCCUGGUGAAGAGCUCUACAACGAACUGGCCGGUGAAGUUCACAAACUGCACAAUCAAGAGCUGAAGCUGCUUCAAUUCCUAGGAGGGAUGACCGCCAAACAGCAACAGGACGAGGAACUGAUCCAGCAAGAGUUGCACAAACAACAACAGCCUGAGUCCGAUACGCUUCUGGAUGACCUCCCGGCGGAGAACCCUGUCAAGACCCUGGGCAGGCUGGCAAGGCUUCAGGAGCUUCCGAAACCGCUGACCUACCAGAAACCUAGGGAGGAAAAGAAAAGCAAUCAUUAUAUGUCACUGUGCCACUUCAAAUUGUGCAACAUGGGACGUAAAAGGAACACUCGAUACUUGAGCUUCUGGAACUAAAUUGAACAUUACCAACGAUGAACUCAGAUACUCAUACUCACCAAAAAAGAAACCCAAACGCAAUGAAAUACUCAUCACAAACCAAUGAGAUGACCGCUAGAACAAAGCAACCCAGUGAAAUCGACAGAAAAUUACAUUUUUCAAAAAUGCCCCCCGCUACGGUCGAAGAAGGCGGCGCCCAUUCACAUCACCACAAAACAAACUGUAUUACCACCCUAGGAGUACCCACACAUUCCCACAUUCUAUUUAUUCGUAUUACACACCCCGGCAAAAAACUAAAAUUUACCGAUCGAAACCAUAAUGAUUAUUUUCUGCGUAGAAAGGUAGAGCCAGACUCCCUGCACAUUCCACUUAUUCACAUUAUUUAAAAAAAAAACUGUAUUAGCAAAUUUCCUACUUUUAGUUCCAGGGACGAAAAGUAUUCGAUUAUAACGCUUUUGUUUUAGCGUAAAUUAUUCACACUUUAAGCUUAAUCAAAACAAGGAAAAUCUCACAUUUUAUACCUAAAAACAAAUUUGAUUCCACUUCCGAAGGCGCGCGACGGAUGGCAGAUAUUUCCAUCCACCGCCACCGCCGGAAUGUCUGUAUUAUUAGGAUUAGUUCGAAAAUGUUUUGCUCUUGAUUUGUUGACAAUUAUUUAAAUUAAUUUUAAAAUCGAAUUCAUUAGAACACAAACACACUAUAGCCACUCAUUCAUUCAUUCAAGUAUUUCAUGUUGACAAAUAAACCUCCCCCGCAUAACCGAGAGGAUUGUUUCCUCCAACCGCUCAAGUACGUUACUUAAUACUUAACAACUAACUAUCUAAACAAGAAAACCUAUGUUACACAUAUGUAGUACGUACAUGUAAGCUACUCACUUGAUAAGAUUUUUUCCGAGAAAAACAAAGGACUAGAUGCAUAUAAAUUUAGCAAACAAAAAAAAAACCUACAUGAAAUUUAAAACAAAACUGGUGAGAAUGUAACUAUAUCUUACUGUCAAAUUGAAGGCCAUAGUAGUAGGCGUAGUUACCAGCUUGUUUCUACCAACUAUUAAAUUGAACGAAAGAAAAAUAAAUGCAAGGGAAAUCAACAACCAAGAGCUAUAUUUGUAUAUGUGUGUAAAUAUGAGCAGGUAGUUGUAAUUAUUAUUGUGUUGUUAUUAUCAUUAUUAUCAUAUAAAACAUUAGAAAACCAAAAUUCGAAAGCUGGUCCGACCGGACGGUUCGGAGUAAAAAUUAUAUAAAUUAUUUAUUUUGGAUG